AUGGCUCCCGUCAGAGAAGGACCCGUUGUCUCCCACUCGGGUUACGGCUUCGUUCAAACUGCCUGUGUCAAUCAACGCAUGGGUAGGAGGCCACAGGGCAGCAGACGUGGCAACUGCAACAAUCAAGGCCAAAGACCAAACCUCCUGGAGGCAGCUCAGAGCGCCCCAUUUCCCCUUGGCCCUCGCAGAGUCACUACCAAUGGAAAUAAUAACUUCCAGGGGCAGCAGUCUCGCAGGCCUCAUGGGCCCAAAAACCAGUUCAACCUGCGGAGAAGUCGCUGGGAGCUCAAGGGAAAGGGUCCCCAGCAUGGCCCAAAUAAUGCACCCAGAAACCCUCGCCAGCGUCGUGGAUAUAAUCCAGUGCGAUCCGGGGACGGCGACAUUAUCAUGCGCGACGCGCCUGUGUACAAGCAGCCGGUGAGGCGGCCGGGCAUCUCCGCCAAAAAAACAACCCCUCCGGAGGACGUGGAGAUGCUUGACGCAUUUAUCACACCUCCCCCCAACCCCACAGCUUCCCCCCCGAUUGAGCUCCUCUUGGCUGCCUUAUCGCUGCAUGUAGCACAACUCGACAUCGACACGGCGGAGGAGCCCAAAGACAUCGAAAUGAUGGACGCUCCUCUGGUGUGA